AUGGGCUGCAAACCCUCUCGAGCGGUACGACCGCACGCGAAAGCUGAGGCCUCUAUCGCCAUCGCGCCUACCUUUCACAAGGCUGAGCACGCGGACACACCACAAAAGUGCAAAGAGAGUGUACCACAACUAUCACGACCUUUCUCUCACGACGACAUUACAAUCACAUCUUCAGCCACGCUACCGAUAGUCUGCCAAAGGCGGAACAGCGCGCCCACCACGACCAUGGAAACAACACAAGAACCCACUGCCACCUUCAGCCUAUUCCUCGCAGAGCAUUGCCUUAUGUCGAUUCAACUCCCCGAUGCCGAAAUUGAUGGGCCUACCGUUGCAACAGUCCCAUCCACUCCGGCACCUCCGCAGCCCAGCGAUGUUUUGGAAGAGUCUACCGUCCAGUGCAUCACUUGCUGCACAGCGCUGCCCAACGAAAAGGACAAGUUUUUCAAGCCCUGUAAGAAUUGUGAUAGUGCAUAUUGCGGAUCAUGUAUCAGAUAUUUGUUCAUCGAAGCCUGUAACGACAUGGCACGCAUGCCACCACGGUGCUGCGGCCCGAUCCAAUUACAUCACGCAAAACUUCAUCUGAACGGGGAAGAAAUUGCUGUGUUCAAAGCAAAGUACGAGGAGUGGCUGACUCCGAACCCCCUCUAUUGCCCCGUACCUACAUGCUCAGCUUUCAUACCGGAACGACUUCUUCCUGAGCAGACAAAAACGAACAGAAAACGCACAGAUUCUGGGACUGGAAUACCAAUUUCAAAUACGUUUGCAUGUCCUGCUUGCGAAUCCAGCAUCUGCUCAGACUGCCGACUGACAGCACACCCUUCCAGCGCGUGCAAUGUCUCCGAGUUUGGCAUCGACGAAGAGACCACUAGGCUUCUGAAGAGCUGGGGCUAUAAGCAGUGCCCAAAAUGCCGGCAUGGAAUCAAGCGUAUGUUUGGGUGCACCCAUAUUCAAUGUCGCUGUGGUGCUCAUUUUUGUUACAAUUGCAUGGGUAAUCCAGAUCUUUGCGGGGAUAGUUGUGUCGAAGACGAGGAUUAUGAAGUGGAGAGCGACGAUGGGAGCAUGUUGGAACCACCAGAGUCACCCGAAACAUCUUCUACGCAAGGGGAACAUCAAGAUACUGAACCGCAUGUUGCACCGCCAGCCGAAGCCGUGAAUCUCGAUAGGGGAAGUGCUUCAUACUGGGCAGGGCAAGCCCUAGACUUUGGCGAAGAACCAGGCCAGGAUUUUGCGGACCGCGCUUGGAACUGCUUCCAUUUCUUCAAGCCAUUCAAGAUCGAUUUGGCACAGGCACUGACUACAGAUUCUUCGCACGCAACGCUGGAGUGCGUGAAAUGCUGGAGCACAAUAUAUCCAGUGAUCAAAGAGCCGCCCCGUGUUUCGUGGAUGGGGCAAGCCCAGACGAUAUCUAUGGGGUCAAGAGUGAAUAACACAAGUACAGAGCGUGUUAUUGCCAGAGAGCAUGGUCGCGGAGGGAGGCAUGGUCAAUACGUGCCUCCACGCAAUCUCUUCCGCGACAACAACGCCACAAUGAGAGCGACGCUUCGUCAAACCAACACGGCGCCUUCUCCUCUCUCACAAAGCGCGCCCGACCACGAAUCCCCGCUUACGCAAUACCUGAAUCGGCAUUGCGAAUCAGUUGUUGAUGUCUACGGCAACAUCAUCUCGCCAGCUGAACCACAACAGCAGCGCCGUGCAUCAAUGGACGACCACGACUUCCACCACAUGUCUACAUUGUCAUUAAACAACGGCCCAACAGAAAAAUCCUCCCUUCUUAACACAUCAUCUCCAAGCUCAACUACGCCUACUCCCAACCUUCGAAUGAACAUUGCUUACGACUGCUCUGACUGCAACCUGCUCGUCUGCAAGUCUUGCAAAGACGCCUUGAUCGUUGCCCGA